AUGUUACCGGUACCGACAAAUAUAAUCCAUAUGCAAAUGCAACAACCGCAACAACCUACACAACAGCCACCUCAGAGUCAGACUCAGCAGCCACCUCAGGGCCAACAGCCCUCCCAAACGCAACAACAACAGAAUCAGCAACAAAUGUUAUCCGCUCACCCGCAAGUUGACCAAAAUCAGAGGAACGGCAUGCAUAUAAAGAGAGAACAAAGAUUGCUGAAUGCUUACGUAUACGAUUUCUUAAAACGUAGUGGUGCUAUAGAAACAGCUAAAGCUUAUUUAAGAGAAGGUGAUUUCCAAGGCGUAGUGAAAAAUGACGGUACUGCAAAUUCAAUAAACGGAAAUGGAGGUUCAAGCUCUGAUAACGAUAAUACAUCGUUACCGGACGUCGAUGUUCCUGUACAAGCUCCUGAAGGUUUUUUAUAUGAAUGGUGGACUGUUUUUUGGGAUAUAUAUAGUGCAAAGUUAAAUCGUCCUGGAACUACUGAAGCUCAGCCAAAUGAGGAAUAG